AUGAGUUUGGAAGGGGAGCUGGUGCCUUAAAUAUCUCCGACUCGCUGCUUCCCUUGCUGCAGGUCAGCAAGGAGAAGGAAAGCAGCAGGGUGAUCCUAACCUUGUUUUCCUCUUUCAACAGCGAGCCACAGCACCCACAGCAAGCAGGACCUGUGCCAAGAGGAGGAGAAGGAGGAGGUGAUCUCCAGAGAGUAGGGCCAGGCCGGAGGAGCAGCAUGGACCUCGAUGUGCUCAACAUGUUCGUCAUCGCUGGCGGCACCCUGGCCAUCCCCAUCCUGGCCUUUGUGGCCUCCUUCCUGCUGUGGCCCUCUGCGCUCAUCCGCAUCUACUACUGGUACUGGCGUCGAGCCCUGGGCAUGCAGGUCAAAUACAUAAACUAUGACGACAGCUAUCAGUUUUGUUAUUCCUAUAGAGGAAGACCUGGUUACCGGCCAUCUAUCCUGAUGCUACAUGGCUUCUCAGGCCACAAAGACAUGUGGCUGUCCAUAGUCAAGUUCCUCCCCAAGAACCUGCACUUGGUGUGUGUUGACUUGCCUGGGCACGAGGGCACAACACGCUCAGCCUUGGAUGAUUACUCCAUUAUGGGACAAGCAAAGAGGAUCCACCAGUUUGUGGAGUGCAUCAAGCUUAACAAGAGGCCCUUCCACCUCGUCGGCACCUCCAUGGGUGGGAAUGUUGCUGGGGUUUAUGCCGCGCAGUACCCAGAGGAUGUGUGCAGCCUGACUCUGAUUUGUCCUGCAGGGUUGCCGAGCUUCAACGAGAGCAAGUUUGUCAAGAUGCUCCGGGAGCUGAAGGAGUCCGAGCGCACCGACAGGAUCCCAUUGAUUCCCUCCACACCCGAGGAGAUGGCCGACAUGCUGAAGCUCUGCUCCUACGUUCGCUUCAAGGUGCCACAGCAGAUCCUUCAGGGCCUGGUGGACGUCCGCAUCCCACACAAUGAUUUCUACCGAAAAUUAUUUUUAGAAAUUGUGGAUGAGAAGUCCCGACACUCUCUCCAUGAGAACAUGAACAAGAUCAAAGCACCGACGCAGGUCAUCUGGGGAAAGCAGGACCAGGUCCUGGAUGUUUCUGGUGCUGACAUCUUAGCAAGUGCCAUCCCAGACUGCCGCGUGUCCAUCCUGGAGAACUGUGGCCACUCGGUGGUGGUGGAGCGGCCGCGCAAGACAGCAAACCUCAUCCUGGAGUUCCUGGCAAUGCUGCACAGCACAGGCAACAGCAAGAAGCAGGCGUGAUGGGGCUGGAGCCGUGCCGAGGCCGUGUCUCGGAGCUGUAACACAUCGAAGCAUUGAUGAGUUCUCAGGGAUUUGUACAAACCGUGGUGAACGUGCCAAAGUCCCUGAGGCAGGCAGAAGUCACUGACACACCGACCUAGAGCACUGCUGACACAGCGACCCAGGACCUCUGAGCAGCCCACAUAGAUGCAGGAACAGGACCUGAACCUUUUCUGCUCCUAGGUUACAGCAGAAAUGAGCAGAAACCACAACCCGCUAGCCACGCAGUGUGCUGAAGCUCCCAAUGCAGCCCACGUUGCCCACAUCACUGGCACUCAGUUGUGAAUGACAUCAUCUGGACUCUCUGACAAACGCAGGGGACUGGAGGUGUCCCAGAGCAGGACUCGCCGUGUUCCCAGCCCUGACCGCCGCGUUGCAUGCUGCCGUGCUGUGCGAACCCCGCGCUCUGGGCACGGCUCUCCUUUCCUUGCUCGGAUGAUGAGAGAGAACACGUGGAAGUCACACGGCUAUGAGUGUGAAUGCCUUCACACGUCGGCUGUGCAGAUUUCCUCAGACCCCUGAGCAGCUCCUGUGCAUGUGUGAUGCCUUAACAGCCUGUGAGCAGCCCACGGGAGAGGGCGAGCGCGGGGCGAGCGCGUCUUGCCUCUUCUCUGUCCCCUUGUGCUGCAGAAUGCUCCGAUGUAAAGAACACAUUUGUAAUGAAUUCCGUGAAUUCUGUGAACGGUGACGGUGCUGAAAACGUGUGGAAGAGGGGAACCGGCCGGUGCGUGAUGGCCAUCGUGCCCAGGUACCUGUACAUAUAUUUGGGAAUCCCCAGUGGUUUCUCUGCUCUUUUUGAGAGAAGAAACAUUUGUUCUUUUGGAAAAUGAGCAAUUUCCUGUUAAUCGCUUGUUAUGGUUUCUACUAAAGGAGUUGAUUUAAAAAAACGUAAUUAAAAAAAAAAAUCACUGAUAGUUUUAUGUGGUAAAUGCCAGAAAAGAAAUGUUUGGGUAUAGUAUAGUUUCUCAUAUGCCACAGAUUGCUGUCUGCAGAGGAUUUCUAUGGCAAUUAAAAUCUAGGACUUUAAAGAGCA